GCCGCCUCUCGAGGCUGAGCCCUGGCCCGGCGCCCGCACCAUGGCGGGCGCUGCCUCUGCGUCCCGCGUGCAGUACCUGUCCGACUUCUGCUGCCCGCUCGGAGGCCGCGCGGGGGCCAAGCCGCGUGUGCUGCGUCACGAGGCGGAGGUCUUCCUGUCCACCGGGCGCGAGUUCGUCUAUGUGUACGACCAGGAGGGCGGGGUGCUGACGGCGGUGUACCAGUUUCCCGACCAGGUGUGGCACCUGCAGCUCCUGGCGAUCCGCAGGGCACUCUACGUCCUGUGCGCCCGGACCGGCAUCUACUGUCUGUCGUUGGACUCCCGGGACAGGUCUGUGAUCCAGGCCUGCGAGGACAAAGAGGAUGAGGCCAACCCUUCCCCUGUGAUCCGUGUGGACCCAGACGCCUGUGUCCUCCCAGAUGCUGCACUCUGUGCCUUCACGGUGCUCGAUGACAUGCUGGUCACCCUGGUACAGGGCCCCACCCAGUGGAAGAUGCAGCUGUUUGAGCGCCCCUGUCCAGGGGAGGAGCCUCGGCCUGGAGGCCAGAUCGGUGAGGUGGAGCUGUCCACAUGCACCCCUCCAGGCGGGGUGCCAGGGAAGCCCGCAGCCCCCUGCUUCCUGCCAGUGCUUAGCUGCGCCUUCCCACCAGACUCCAAAGCACCUCACGGUCACCCCCAGGGCUGUGGCUGCUUCACGCUAGAGGAGGCUCUCUUCGGUCUACUCUUUGGAGCCGAUGCCACCCUUAUGCAGUCCCCUGUGAUCCUCUGCGGUCUCCCCGAUGGCCAGCUUUGCUGCGUGGUCCUGAAGGCCUUGGUUACUUGUGGGUUAGCCCCUGGUGACCCAAAGGUCCUAGUCAAGAUCCUCCAUCACCUGGAGGAGCCCGUGGUCUUCAUUGGGGCCGUGAGGGCGGAGCCCGACGCUGAGGAGGAGGAGGCAAGAGAGCCCCCGCCUGAGGAGAAUGUGCACUCUGACUGCCUGGUAGCCCUUGGCCACCAAGGCCGGACACUGGCCAUCAAGGCCGGCUGGAGUGAGUCAGGGAACCUGGUGCCAGAGCUUCGUGAGUACUGCCUCCCGGGGCCCGUGCUCUGUGCUGCCUGUGGCGGGGAUGGCCACCUGUACCACAGCACCCCGUCGAACCUCUGCAUGGUAGACUUGACCCGGAGAGACACUCCCUGGAACCCUGAGAAACCAGAUGGGGCCGUCGGAGGUCUGCCCUCCAUGCUGUGCCCAGCCAGUCUGAAUAUGUGCAGUGUCGUCACUCUCCAUGUGUCAUCAGGGGCAUCGACAGGUGGCACCGAGCUCCUGGCCCUGUCUUCUAAAGGGCGCCUGAUCGCCUGCAGCCUGGACUUGAACUCAGAGGUGCCUGUGCCUCCCAAAAUGACUAUGGCAAAUGCGGGCCAGAAAAUCAAGGAGCUGCUCUUGGACAUCGGCGAUGUCUCUGAGAGAGUGUCCUUCCUGAAGAAAGCUGUUGACCAGCGCAACAAGGCCAUAACAAGCCUCAACGAGGCCAUGAAUGUGAGCUGUGCCCUGCUGUCCAGCCAGGAGGGAGUCCGGCCCAUCUCAUGUACCAUCGCUACCUCCUGGAGCCGCCUGGAGUUGGGAGACAUGCUGAUGGCCACCUGUACACUAGAGAACAGUAGCAGCUUCACCCUCGACCAGGGCUGGACCUUGUGUAUUCAGGUGCUUACUAGUUCCUCUGCCUUAGACCUGGAUGGGGCUGGCUCAACUUUUACCUACACCAUUCCGGUGGACAGACUUGGCCCCGGCAGUCGGCGCGAAGUGACAUUGCCCCUGGGCCCUAGUGAGAGUGGCAUGCUGGACCUGCCGGUGACCGUGUCCUGCUGGCUCUUCUACAGCCUCAGGGAGGUGGUGGGUGGGGCCCUGGCCCCCUCCGACCCUCUAGAGGUGCCCUGUCUGGAGAAGCUCCCUCUCAACCUCCCUGAGCAGGAGGGCGUCUGCCUGCCCCUGAGCAAGCGCACAGUUGACAUGUUGCAGUGUCUGCGCUUCCCCGGUGUGGCCUCACAACCCGCACAGGCGCCCUGCGUGCCUGGCCCUGCCUGCGAGCCUGUGGAAACCUUCCUGAAGACCUGCCAAGGCCCUGGCAGUGAGCCAACUGGCGCCGCCUCCCUUCGGGCCAAGUACCUGCCUCCGUCCACGGCGUCCAUCAGAGUAUCAGCCGUGCUUCUCAGAACUGCCCUGGAGGGUAGUCACUCAGGUCACCGCCUGUGCAGCGCCACCCUGCAGUGGCUGCUUGCUGAGAACGCUGCUGUGGCUGUUGUGAGGGCCCAGAAACUGUCCUGCAUCCAGGGCAUAGCCCCGGAUGGCACUGAUGUCAACCUCAUCGUCCAUGAGGUAGCUGUGACCGAUUUGAGCCCCGCAGGGCCCAUCCAGGCUGUGGAGAUCCAAGUGGAGAGCUCCUCUCUGGCCAACAUGUGUAGGGCACACCAUGCCAUCAUCAGACGGAUACAGACUAUGGUCACAGAGCAAGCUGCUCAAGGCUCCAGCCCACCUGACCUCCGAAUGCAGUAUCUACACCAGAUCCAUGCCAACCACCAGGAACUGCUUCGCGAGGUGCAGACGCUGCGUGACCAGCUGUGCACGGAGGAUGAAGUCAGGUCCUACUCCACAGCCCAGAAGCUCCUGCAGGUUUACAAACAGCUACGCAACCCUAGCCUUGUCCUGCUGUGACCAGCUGCUGGCCGGCUUCUCCUCACCGCGGGGCACACUCCAGGAUGAGUUCCCGGGGCUUGCCUGGCAGUACCCCUCCACCGCAGCCUCUGCAGCCCUAGUGGAAAGUAUCUCUGCCCAAGUACCCGGGCCGUGGAGACACGGGGUUUCUGGGGUUCAGACUUGUGGGUGCGGGACUGUUCUGCCGCCAACCCUGCCGCGCCCCAGGAGCACUGGCUGCCCCUCUGGAGCCACCAGGUGGUAGAAUGCCCGCUGCAACCAAAGCACAAAGACCACGGGAGGGCUCCCACCGAUGCUGGUGGCCUGAGCUGCCUCCCCACCCCCACCCCCGGGUCCCCAUGCUGUCCCCACUAUGCGAGGAGAGCAUGUCUGUGAGGUGCUGUGCUGUGCGACAAGCUGCCCUUUUCAUGGCGUCCCAGGUGUCAGCCAGUGUUUACUCAGUUCCGUCCCCACCUUCUUCAAAGUCUGCCGUGCUCUGUGCCCUUGGGUGGGCGGCCCUUCCCCACUUCCCCUUGGCCCCGACAAAAGGACAUUCUCACAGCGCCCAGCUACCUCCACCAGGGCUCACCUCACAGGGCAUUUACACGGGAGUCUGUCCAUCCUGCAGGACAGAGUUCUCCUCGGAGGCAGUUAGGAGACAGAAAGGCCUCUCUUGGCAGCCUGGAGUCCACAAGCCUGGUUUUUGUAGCAAGGUGCUGAUUGCCAGGGCUGCUGGCGCACCUUGACUGCUGGCCUGCUAAGAGCCCUGUCCACAGCCUUGUCCUGAUUGGAAGCCUCGAGCUGCGGCGUGUAGUGUAUAUGACUGUCUCCGAGCAAGUUGGAAAGGCUGGGUCAGUCCACAGGACAGCAGGCCUGCCUGGGAGCGCAGAGGGGUCUCCCGGCUGAACUGACUUCUGUCUCUGUCACAGAUGACUUUUUCUAGUGUCCCCUACUUGCCGUUAUAGUCCACAGAAAUUGCAGGGUUUGUCUUUAGCCUGAGCUCCAGCAGGCCUUGGGAGCCACCGGGGCGCAUGUCAUCUGGGACUGCUGGCACUUCAUCAGCCUUGCUGGGCAGCUGGGCGCAGGCCCCACAUCUGGGCUUGGCCGGUCAUCCUUGGCACUGGCGGGAUUAGUAGGGCCCGGCACCAGGCUCAGAUGGCUGCCAGAGCUGAAGAAAUGCCAGGCUCAGCUGGAGAGCCUCA